AUGGGAACACACAUUUCAGCACGGCUGAUAGAUGGUCCUUCUUUGAAUAAAUGGUUUCUCAAAAUGCCAAGCUCUCCCAAAUCAAGAUUUAGAGCACUAUUGUUGGCAAGUGUGGUAGCAUUGAUUAUUAUUUACUACUUCAAAUCGCCAAAUUCAUUAAUCACCAGCCAAAGGCCAGUAGGCAACUUGAUACUUGAUUAUGGCUCUCACAGAUCCAUAGAGGAGCAAAUACAGGAGCAGGAAGAGCAACAACUGGCCAAUUCCGAGCCUACUGAUUCAGAAAACGUUCCGCUGACACAGUCAGAAGAUCAAGGCAAUCCAAGAAAGUUUCUUGGAGAUAUCAAUGUUGUUCCACCUCUGGAGGCACCGCCUGUAUCACCCGGUACAAAGGAGUUACUUGGGGUCCCGCCUCCAAACUAUUUCUUCAAAACUGUCACAAACCCUGAACCGCGUAUGCCAAAGGAAUGGAUACAGUCCUUGACAAAUCGCCGCAUUGAGAAUCUAAAGUUUAGAAUUUACUCACACAACGUCAAGAAUGGCGGGUCCCAUGAAUUGGUUUCAGGGGAGCUAUCUUGGGAGGAGAGAGUGAAAGAGAUUGCCUUAUCUAUGAAGUUUCAUUCUACUGAGACAACAAUCUUCACUUUACAAGAAGUUUACAAAUAUCAACUAUUGGACAUUCUUGCUCAACUAAAUAAAUUCAAUGACGAGUGGGCGUUUUACGGCGUUGGACGCAUCAAUGGGAAAGAUUUGGGUGAGUUUGUUCCGAUCUUAUACAAUAAGAAUCAUUGGGAUUUAUUAUAUAAUGAUACCAUUUGGUUGAAUGAUAAGGAUCCUCGCUCCUCUUUACAAGGAUGGGAUGCAACAUACGCGAGAAUCGCGUCUGUAGCGAGUCUUCGUCAUAAACUACUGAACAAUAUCAUCAACGUAUUCAACACUCACUUUGAUCAUGUCGGUACUGCAGCCAGAGAGGGGUCAUCGGAAUUAAUAUUGGCCAAAGCCAACCUGAUUUUGAAACAGAGCGAGAACAAAUGGCCCAGCUUUUUUGCAGGCGAUUUCAAUGCUUAUCCGGAUGACGAAUGUAUUACAAAGAUAAAAUCUGAAAUGACUAAUAGUGUUGCGUUGGCAACAGUGGGGAACAGAUACGGACACACCAAAUCAACUGUCACUGGAUUUGAAGGUGAGGUUUUACGUGAUGGCGAACAGGAUAUUGAUUAUAUCUUUGCUCCAAAGUACACGAAAAGAGUGGACGAAGUGGGUGGUGCAAAAACGUCAAGCUCUGUCUGCGAUAAGAGCCUAAAAUCAAACGUUUUUGCAGAGAAGGCAGAUUUAGUAUUGAUUCAAUUUGGAAUGUUGCAUUCUAAAUUCAAUGGACGCUACAUGAGUGAUCAUCGACCGAUAGUUGCUGAUUUUGCAAUAAAUCCCAAAUGCUCAUGA